CUCCGUAUAAAAGGCCCACCUGCCUCAUCAUGCCUCUCAAGAAAUAGAAGGGCAUACAUCCCAUCACUGGAGUUCUUCUUCUAGGGUACUACUUCAUUUCUUUCCUUCUACGCCGCGACUCUCGUUACGCAUUCCGGUCGUUACUGUACAAAUCAAUCGAGUUUCAUUUGUUGUUUUAUUCCCGUCCACUCUGAGCAAACCCGGUCCAUCCCAUCCCAGUUCCAUUUUCCGGCAACGUACCGCAAGACGGAAACUAUGACAACCGAGAAUGGCCUCUACCCGUACAAGCCCAGCCGGCCUGGCACUGUUAUAUUUGCUAUUGCAUUCGGGACAAGUGCUGCCAUCCACCUAUAUCAGAUGAUACGUGGGAGAGCAUGGUUUUACAGCUCAUUCACUGUAGGCGCAGUCAUGAUGGCUGCUGGCUACGCAGCGCGCUAUGUGUCAACCAGAUCCCCAGCGGACCUUGGCCCAUUCAUCGCCCAGUCGCUAUUCAUCAUCCUUCCUCCCUCGCUCUACGCCGCGACGAUAUACAUGAUCUAUGGCCGCCUCGUCAUCUUCGUUAAUGCCGCCGAGGCCUCCAUCAUUCGACCUAUAUAUGUCACAAAGAUAUUCGUGUGCGGCGAUGUACUUGCCUUCGUUUUACAAGCUGCUGGCGGCGGCAUGAUGGCUCAGGUCAACCUGGGCGAUUUGGGCCAGAAGCGCCUGCGACACUCUUCUGCUCGAACCAGCGUUCCUCAGUACGGCAGGCACGCCUGGACUGCGCUGCUGAAACUCAUGUUGGGUGCGGCCGUGGUCAUUAUCCUGAGAUGUGUAUUCAGGAUCGUCGAAUUCGCCCAGGGGCAUGCCGGCUAUCUUGCGAGCCAUGAAGUGUACAUGUAUCUUUUUGACACGCUGCCCAUGCUGGGCGUGCAACUCCUGUUUCAUUUCGUUCGAGCAGAUAGCGUAUUCGGAGCAAACCAAGUGGAAAAGCUGGGGGAUCGCGACAGCAUUAUUCAUCUCUAUGAAAGGCGUUGA